AGCUGUUUAUUGUUUUGACAGUAGAGUACAGGUUAGCUGGGAUCUGUGGUAUUCUUUAUCUCAUUAAUCCAUACCAUACGGUACUUUAACGUCAACAUUCAAAUAAUUAAUAAUACAUUAUUUUAGAACAAAUUUAAUUAUUGUAAUAGUUGGUCAAGAGUAUUUUGCCAAGUUAUUUGCCAACUCUAACUUGCUAUCGUUAUUAUAAAAUCAGUGCUUGUUUGCAAACGCAAAAUUUAUAUCAACAUUGUGCAAUGUUUUUUAAGUGUAGGCCUACCGUAUAUACAGAAGCAUCUAACUAAUUCAAUAUUGAAUAUAUCUCAAACUAGUUAAUAAGCUCUAAAAAGUAAACUUCAAAAUGUCCAGUAAUUUUGAAAAAUGCAGGGAUACUCUGAAAGAAAGAACUACAGUAUUGUUUACCUCGGGAGAACUGUCGGAUUGUACUUUCAUUGUCGGCGAAAACAAAGUUGAAAUAAAAGCUCACAAAAUAUUCUUAGCAAUUGCAAGUCCAGCUUUUCAUGCUAUGUUCUAUGGAGAUAUAGCUGAGAAAGAUGAAUCAAUCCUCAUCAAAGAUUUGGAACCAGCUGCUUUUAAAGGAAUGCUAGAGUAUAUCUACACUGAUAAAGUGUCGUUUGAAAGUACAGUUCACGCAUGUGAUGUAUUCAUUGCUGCCAAGAAAUACAUUUUGCCAUUUCUGGUUACUUACUGUGAACAAUUCAUAUCGGACAAUGCUGAGGCUACCGAGGCCUGUGAACUGUACGAGUUUGCCAAAUUUCAUGAUGUUGAAAGCAUCCAGAAGGCAUGCGUGGAGCUGUUCCGGGAGGAGACGAAUGACGUACUGCUCAGUCAGGCGUUUGUGGAGGCCGAUCUGGAAACAGUGAAGGUGAUCGUAGAGCAGGAUGUUCUCAGCAUCGCAUCCGAGCUGCAACUGUUCCAGGCCAUCGAGCUGUGGGCUUACAAGGAGGCUGAGCGACUGGACGCAACAAUAGAAGAGGUAGCAACUAAGAUGGAUUGCGUAGUGAGUCACCUGCGACUGCUGUCACUAACCGCAGAUGAGUUUGCGACUGCGCCUGCGCUGAGCUCACUGCUUUCCACCCAGGAGCGGCUGGCAGUCGCUAUGAACAUCACACGAUCCGGAACCAUGCCCUAUCCCGAACGCCUCUCCAAGAUAGCCAAACCGCGAAAGCCACUGCCCCAACCAGUGCCAUACGAAGCUGUGUGGUCCCUGCGUCGCUACUGUCAGGACAACCAAGCCACGUUCGAGAUCACAAAGUGGAGCAACCCGUUCCCCAGGAUCGGCAUCCGAGUGUCCCGGCCAAUCAGAAUCAGGGGGGUCAAGAUAAGCUCCCAGAAGAAGACACUGUUGGAUGGAGGGCCUCGGACCUACGAGGAGAAAGUGACACUGGUGCUGAAGAAGGACUGGGCGAUCAAGUUCCACGGCGCUCUGUAUCACGGCGACGCGCAUUACAACACAGAGCUGUUCAUCAAGUUCCCGAAGGCCGUGAUGGUUGAGCCCGAGAAGCUGUACUGGCUGAUCGUACAAUACGACCGGCCCGGCAACUAUCUGUUCACCAAGGACGUGUCGGUCAACUACAGCUCGCACAACAUGGACAUCACCCUCACCAGCGACUUCUCCACCAUCACUGAGCUGAUGUUCGCCGACAUUCCACCCAAGCCACCCGUCACUGCUAUGGUCACCGCCACCACUUUCAUUCGACCGUCUCCUCCUCCGUCUAAUGAUUGAACCUUUGUAAAGUCGUAUAGAUGUGUAAUGUCUUAAUAGAUGUCCUUUUGAUUUAUUGAUGUUAACCUUGAUGGUUUAAUUGUGAAAGAGGUAAUGUCCUUUCUAUUUAUUGAUGUAUCUUGAUGUCUAUUCGAUGAUAACCUUGAUGGUUUAUUUGUGAAGUAAGUAAUGUCCUUUGUAUUUAUUGACAUAAUUAUGGUGCAUUUGAUGAUAAACUUGAUGGUUUAUUUGUGAAAGAGUUAAUAUCAAUUCCAUUUAUUGAUAUCUUUAUGGUCUAUUUGAUGAUAAACUUGAUGGUUUAUUUGUGAAAGAGGUAAUGUUCUUUCAAUUCAAUUCAAUUUUAUUUUCAUGUUAUGCAUCGUAUAUAAUACAAUAUUAACACAGGUCAUUUAACAUUUCAUCAAACAAUACACAUCAUAAAUACAUUACAAAUGUCACCUCAAUAUACAUGCAAAUAUAGUCUAUAUAAUUAAAAACAAAGUUAAUAUCACAGAUGGAAUUAUUGUAGUUGAAUAAACUAAAAACAGUGGAAUCAAAAGUCUCCAUUACCUGAAAAGUAAAGAUCAUACAGUUAAUUUAAAUUUCAAGUUUUUACUUAAUCACAAUAUUCUAAUAAUAAAUUACUGAAUCAAAAGUUCACCAAUGUCAUAAAAACAUCUCUCACUUAACCACAAUUUCAAUUUUUUCUUGAAGACUAUUUCAGAAUUCAGCUCUCGAAUUUCAAUUGGAAUAGCAUUAUACACUUUUUUGGCCAUAUGCUGUGGGCUCGCCUCAAAAAACGUGGUUCUGUGGGCAUCCAGUCUCACGAUCUCCCUGUUGCGUGUGUUGUGAGAGUGAAUGAAUGUCUGCACCAGUCGUCCAGCCACUUCUCCAUUUCAGUGCCAUACUCGCCAAAAAAUAAAUGUACAGGCAGGGAACCGGAAGAAUGCCCGCUGUCGCGAAUAAGUCCCUGCAAGGAUGGCGUCUGGCUUUCGAAACAUCACUCUGAUGGCUCUCUUUUGGGUGAGGAAGACACGACGUCCAUGGAUUGAAGCUCCCCAUGCAACUAUACCAUAAACUAAAAGGGGUUCAAAGUAGCCAUGGUAACAACUUUCUCAUCGGACAUCCUAACCAAUUUGUGAAGAGUGUAAAUAGCUGAAUUUAAUUUCUUUAUAAGGAUCUCUACAUGUGGUCUCCAGGUCAGGCACUGAUCAAUGAAUACGCCAAGAAACUUAGUGUUCUCCACCCGUUCAACAGCAGCAUCACACAUUCUAAAUUGAAGUGAUGCGUGUUCUUGUUGCUCUCUGAUCGAAAAGUUAAUGAAGCUUGUCUUUGAGACAUUAACUAGAAGUUCAUUAGCCCUGCACCAUAUUUCAACAUCCCUCAAGACAUUUUCCGCACUAGUCUUCAAGCUCUCUAGUUCCUCAGUUGUUGAUAUCUUGGUGGUCUAUUUGAUGAUAACCUUUAUGGUUUAUUUGUGAGAAAGGUAAUUUCCUUCUAUUUAUUAAGUAAACCUGAGUGAACCCAUGCCUAGACGUCAAUGUGGUCAUGUCAAUAGAUGUCCUUUUGAUUUAUUGAUGUUAACCUUGAUGGUUUAUUUGUGAAAGAGGUAAUUUCCUUUCUAUUUUUAUUGAUGUAUCUUGAUGGUCUAUUUGAUGAUAACCUUGAUGGUUUAUUUGUGAUAUAGACAAUGUCCUUUCCAUUUGUUGAUAUCUUGAUGGUCUAUUUGAUGAUAACCUUGAAGAUAUAUUUUUGUAAAAGAGGUAAUGUCCUUUCUAUUUGUUGAUAUCAUGAUGGUUAUUUGAUGAUAACCUUGAUGAUUUAUUCGUGAAACAGGCAAUGUCCUUUUUAUUUCUUGAUAUAACUUGAUGCUUAUUUGAUUAUAACCUUGAUGAUUUAUUUGUAAAAUAGGUAAUGUCCUUUUUAUUUCUUGAUAUAACUUGAUGGUUAUUUGAUGAUAACCUUGAUGGUUUAUUUGUAUAAUAACGUUGAUGGUAUAUCUGUUGAAUAUCAUUCUAUUUGUUGUUCAGCUAAUGGAGACCCCAAGUCCGUUCCAACUUCCAAAGGAGUAAAUUGAUUGAACCUUUGUCUAUUCGUGAAGGCGAUGUCUCAAUAGAUGUCCUUUUGAUUUCUUGAUGUUAACCUUGAUGGUUUAUUUGUGACUAAGGUAAUGUCGUUUCUAUUGAUAUAUCUUGAUGGCCUAUUUGAUGAUAACCUUGAUCGUUUAUUUGUGAAAUAGAUAAUGUCAUUUAUAUUUGCUGAUAUCUUGAUGGUUUAUUUGUGGAAGAGAUAAUGUCCUUUUCAUUUUUCAAUAUCUUAUGGUCUAUUUGAUGUUAACCUUGACGUCUAUUUGUGAAAUAGGUAAUGCCCUUUCUAUUUGUUGAUAAUUUGAUGGUACACGUUCUAUGAAUUGGUCGAGUGUUUCCCUUUCCCUAGAAUACUUAAUCCUCAUCUAUCAACAUGUAAAGUGGCAAUCGGUGUAUUUUCAAUGUAAUUUUACGUCUAUUGAAGGUUAUUACAUUAAAAAAUGUUCGUUUCAGUAGCACUGAAUAAUAUUAAUAAGUGUCUGCAGCGCUAAAUUAUGUAUACUAUUAUGUUAUUUGUCUGACUGGCGUUGUAAGAUGUUGUAAAUCAGGCCUAACUCCAUUCUUAUGUUUCUCAUAUUUCGCCUCUGUUCGAAAGUCUUGUAGAUUUAAAAAAUAAUGAUAGAAUUUGUCAGCAUAUUUGGAAAGAAGGGAUGAUUUAUUGAUUCCCUAACACAAAUGACAAUGAUUUGAGCUUGUUAUAGAUUCCACAUUAUUGUUUACAUUUCUAUUGAGUGAUUUCAAGGAUGAUGCAAUUGUUUUCCCUUAUAAUAAUUAUGAUUGAGAAUAAUUGUUGAUUAUUUUCUUGAAUGAUUUUUUUGAGAGUCUGAAUGAAAUGCUAGAGUCUGAAAACUGAAGUGAGGAGAAAUUGGAAACUGCAAAUUUCUAGGUAGUUUCCAAACCAUCGGGAAGUGAUCCUAAAAUUCAUAACUGUCCAGGAACGGAAGUUAUUUAAAAUUUAAAAAAUUUAAAUUACUUAAUAAUUAUGCUGAACUCAUUGACACCACUAAACUGACACCAAGUCAAUUUACAGUAUUAUCUUUUGUUAUCGACUUUUUCAAACUAAUGAGCAAUUAGGUUAAUGGAAAGAUAGGUCUAUGAGGUUUUUAAUGUUGUUAUAAAACAAGAUAGCAGUAAAUAUAUACUGGUAGCAAUACAAUAGAGCCUUGAUAGGUACGAGCAGUUGAGCAGUAAUUAUUCCUAAGUACUAUAAAAUCUAUAAGUACAUUUGUAGCAGUCGUUGCUUUCAAUCAUCUAGCUGCUAAUACAUCUUUCUUAAUAGGUGUAAAUUGUAAACUGGAAACAUGUUCGUAUUUUACAGAAAAAAAUUCUUCUUUUCUGUGGAAUUUUUUGAGUUAUCAAAGUUUUAUUGUAAUAUUUCCAUCAUUUCUUACUCACAUGUUGAUACUUGUGAGUGAUAAUAUUAUAAUACAUGACAUUCUAUAUUUAUGUUCAUCUAUGCAACACUAGUCAUAAGAGUUUCCGCAAAUGUUGUUUAUUUUUAUUUGUCAUUUUUAUUAGAUUGAUAAUUAAAAUUCUUUCAUGAGUAAAUCGUUUACAGAGCCCCUGUUUCUUUUUAGUAUCGUGACCAUGAAGAUAAAUAAUGUAAAUACUUCCAAAUUUAUUUAGAAAUCAUAUAAUAUAUCUAGUCGUUGAAUUGAAUUUUCAUAGGGAAAAGGUUUACAUGCUGAAGCAUUAUUGAUGCAAAUAGAGAAAUGAUGUAUUUUCAGAUAAACAGAUUAAUAAAAUUGGCAAAGUUUAUUGUUAGAUGUUUUCAAUCUUUGAAAUUGUUAAAUAUUUCAACAUUCUAUUAGAAUAAGGCUUAUUGAUAUUGCAUUGUUGAAUAGACUCCAUUAUUGGAUGAAUUAAUUAUUAGAUUUCAUUUAUCUUACUAGAACUAGUUUUGAAUAUUAUGGUUGCAUUACCAUACUAUUGUCAUGUUUAUACGUAUACCUACUACAGUCAAUAAUUUGUUAAUAUUUUUGUAUAGAUUACAUUUUUUUUAUCAUCUAUUUUCGAAACACUAGAAGAUAGACGAGAAUAUUUCAAUAUUUACUGUGAAAAUAUAUGUUUAAUAAAUUGAUGUACUUAUGUAGA